AUGUGGCUCCUCCAGUCUCUGCUCUGCGUGACCAGCCUGGCUCCCCUGGCCGCCUUCAAUGUGGACGUGGUCCGGACCUGGGUGACUCCCGAGGGCGGCGCGCCCUAUGUGCUGAGCUCCCUUUUGCAUCAGGACUCCAGCAGCAAGCAGACCUGGCUCCUGGUCACCAGCCCCAGAACCAGCCGGACAGCGAAGCCCCUGCAUCAGUGUUCUCUCACCCAGGAUGAGCUCCAAUGCCAACCAGUAGAGCACGUCCCCGCCCCAAAGGGGAGGUACCAGGGAGUGACGGCUGUCCGGAACCACCACGGUGUUUUGGUCUGCAUUCAAGUGCCAACCCGGCAGCCCCACAGCCUCAGCUCAGAGCUCACAGGCCACUGCACCCUGCUGGCCCCUGACCUCCAUCCCCGGGCCCAGGUCUAUUUCUCCAACCUUGAAAAAUUUCUGGAUCCCAACACCACUGCGGAUGCUGGAGACUGCUCCAGGGACAAAAAAGGCAGCACAGAGAACACAGCCAGGAGGCGACGGGAUGUGAAGUUGGAAGAGGAGGAAGAGGCAGCUGGCACUGAGAUCGCCAUUGUCCUGGAUGGCUCAGGAAGCAUUGAACCCCCAGACUUCCAGAAAGCCAAAGAUUUCAUCUACAACAUGAUGAUGAACUUUUACACGAAGUGCUUUGAGUGCAGAUUUGCCGUGGUGCAAUAUGGGGAAGUCAUCCAGACCGAGCUUGACCUUCUGGACAGCCAAGACAUUAGAGCCUCCUUGGACAGAGUCAAGAAUAUCACUCAAGUGAAGAAAGUCACCAAGACUGCCUCUGCCAUGCAGCACGUCCUAGAUAACAUCUUUACACCAAACCGAGGCUCGAGAGCAAAGGCAUCCAAGGUCAUGUUGGUGCUCACUGAUGGGGAUAUCUUCCAGGACCCCCUCAACCUCACGACUGUCAUCAAUUCCCCAAAGAUGCGCGGUGUUGAGCGCUUUGCCAUUGGGGUGGGAGAAGCAUUUAAUAAAAGUAAAGCGUACAAUGAGCUGAAGCUGAUCGCCUCGGACCCUGAUGAGGAUCAUGCCUUCAAGGUGACCAACUACACGGCUCUGGAUGGGCUGCUGAACAGACUGCAGGAGAGCAUCAUUCGCGUGGAAGGCACAGUUGGAGAUGCCCCCCACUACCAGCUGGCACAGGUUGGGUUCAGCGCCCAGAUCCUGGAUGAGAAGCAGGUGCUGCUCGGAACCGUAGGGGCCUUUGAUUGGUCCGGGGGCGCACUGCUCUAUAACACACACAGCUGUAACAGCAGCUUCCUGAACCAGACAGCAGUGGACACCAAGUCUGCGCAGUAUGCCUACCUGGGUUACUCAGUGGCCGUGCUGCACAAGGACAGUGGCCUCUCCUAUCUGGCGGGGGCCCCACGGCACAAGCAGCGGGGGGCUGUGUUUGAGCUCCAGAAUGUGGGUAGAGAGACCAACAACUUCGUGCCAGUGCUGGAGGGCGAGCAGUUGGGGUCCUAUUUUGGCUCCGAGCUGUGCCCUGUGGAUGUUGACAUGGAUGGCAUCACAGACUUGCUGUUGGUGGCGGCCCCGUUUUACCACAUUGAAGGAGAGGAGGGCAGAGUCUACAUGUACCGUGUGAACAAGCAGAAUGGCUCCUUCUCCUUGGCACGCGUGCUGACUGGGCACCCCAGGCUAACUUAUGCCCGAUUUGGCUUUGCCAUGGCAACAGUGGGGGAUAUCAGUCAGGAUAAGCUCACAGACGUGGCCAUUGGGGCCCCCCUGGAGGACUUUGGGGCAGACGACGGUGCAGGCUUUGGCAGUGUGUACAUCUACAAUGGACGCGCUACCAACCAGCUGAAUGACCUCUCUUCCAAUCAGCCACAGAGGAUCAGAGCCUCCGCAGUGGCCCCAGGACUCCAGUACUUCGGCACAUCCGUGGCCGGUGGCUUAGAUUUCAAUGGCGAUGGCCUUGCUGACAUCACCGUGGGUGCGCUGGGCCGGGCGACUGUACUCCGCUCAAGACCUGUGGUUUAUCUGAAGGUGUCCAUGAACUUCACUCCCAAGGCACUGCCCAUUGGUUUCAGCAGCAGUGUGAAUGCGUCUUUGUGUUUUGAAAUCAACUCUACAACCCUAGCUGCCGAAUCAGGACUUGAUGGGACCUCUCUGAACUUCACACUGGAUGUGGAUGUGGUGAAGCAGAGGAAACGGCUGCAGAAUUCAGACAAGAGGAUGGAUCAGAGCUCCCUUAGGGAGUUGGGCAGGGGGCCCCGUCUCUGUGAGUCCUUCUCGCUCAUCCCCACAGACGGACAGCUGUGUCAGGAGGACUGCUUCUCCAACAUCACCGUCAAGGUCAGCUACCACCUCCAGACCCCUGAGGGCCGGAUGGACCAACCUCAACCAAUCCUGAACUUCUAUGCUGAGCCCUCCGCCACCUUCCAGCUGCCCUACGAGAAGAACUGCAAGAAUAAGCUGUUUUGUGUCGCGGAGUUAGAGCUGGCCACCACCAUCUCCCAGCAGGAAUUGGUGGUGGGUCUCACAAAAGAGCUGACCAUGAACAUUAGCCUGACUAACUCUGGGGAAGAUUCCUACAUGACGAGAGUGGCUUUGAAUUUCCCCAGAAACCUGCAGUUUAAGAGGAUACAGAAGCCUCCUUCUCCAGACAUUCAGUGUGGUGACCCUAAGCCAACUGCUUCUUUCCUGGUCAUGAACUGCAAGAUUGGUCACCCCAUCCUCCAGAGAUCAUCUGCAAAUUUUUCGUUAGUUUGGCAGCUGGAGGAGAGUGUCUUUCCAAACAGGACAGCCGACAUCACUGUGAUGGUCACCAAUUCCAAUGAAAGAAGGUCUUUGGUCAAUAAAACUCACAGCCUUCAAAUCAAACAUGCCUUCAUUGCGGUUCUUCCCAAACCCUCAGUGACGUACAUGAACAUAAACCAGGGGUCUUCCCACCACAAAGAGUUCCUCUUCAACAUACAUGGGGAGAACCACUUUGGAGCCGAGUUCCAGCUGCAAAUUUGUGUUCCAGUUAAAUUACGAGGUUUCCAGUUCCUAACAGUGACGAACCUGACCAAGACUCAGGCCCACACCGUGUGCACUCAGGCUCACAAGGAUGCCUGUGGGAGCGAUCUGGUUCAGCAUGUGGAAGAAUGGCAUUCAGUGAGCUGUAAGGUCACCUCGGAUAAAGAAAAUGUAACCGUGGCUGCAGAGCUCUCCUUGAAUCAGCCAAAGCAGUUACUAAGAGAUGUGACUGAGCUGCAGAUCCUUGGUGAAAUAUCUUUCAACACAUCUCUGUAUGAGGGACUCAAUACAGAGAACCACAGAACUAAGAUCACUGUCAUCCUACUGAAAGAUGAGGAGGCGUAUUCUCUGUUUCUCAUCAUUAAAAGCAGUGUCGGGGGCCUUCUGGUUUUGAUCGUAAUUAUAGUCAUCCUAGUCAAGUGUGGCUUUUUUAAAAGAAAAUACAAAGAGCUGAACUUGGAGAGCAUAAGAAAGGACCAGCUAAAAUCAGAGUCUGCUGGAACAAGAUAG